UCAGUGGGAGAUGGCGCCCAGCUCGAAAUCAGAAAAGGACGAUGGCAAACACAAAGCGCAAAGAAAACAUAAAGACCAUGUCGUGAAGCUCCUCAUGCGGGGGAAGCUGUCAGGACAGUUUUCUCAGCGCCUAUUCAGGAAGCUCCCACCUCGGGUGUGUGUCCCAUUAAAGAACAUUGUCAGCGAGGAGUUCCUGAGAGCAGGACAUAUCUUUCUUGGCUUCACCAAAUGCGGCCGCUACGUCCUGUCCUACACCAGCGACUGCGGAGAAGACGAUGAUUUCUCUUUCUAUACUUAUCAUCUGUAUUGGUGGGAGUUCAACCUGCACAGUAGACUCAAACAGGUCCAUCACGUGCGACUGUUUGCAGGCGAAGAAAUCUACAGUGACCUGUACCUUACUGUGUGCGAGUGGCCAAAUGACCACUCCAAAAUAGUCAUUUUUGGCUUCAAUACACGCAGUUCAAACUCGGUUCUGAUGAACUUGAUGAUGAGUGAUGAGAACAACAGAGACAUCUACAUCACCAUCGCCUCCAUGCCUCCUCCUAAACCUUGCUCUGUCUGCUGCCCAGUUCCCUCAGCCACGACAAUACGCACAGGGAGUGGUGAGUGUCUGGAGCAUGGCUAUGUGCUCAACAGCAGGUACCAGGUGGUGUACCCGUUUCCUACUUUCCAGCCAGCAUUCCAGCUGAAGAAGGACCAGGUCAUCCUGUUAAACACUAGCUACUCUCUGGUGGCUUGCGGCAUCUCACUCUGCCAAGGAAAGCAGGGUCAGUCGUCGCAGAUCCUCUACACAAAGAGAGCAGCUCUGUCAAGUCAGGCUUCCGUGUCGCUCUCCCCCACCUCGUCAGCCUGCUCUUCGUCCUCACUACCUCAGGGAUCUCCCGACAGCCGGCCGCCACCUAGCAGGCCCACUCCGUUACCCUCGUCUCCCAGCCAGUCGCAAGCGGCCGCCCGAGCCCGAGAGUUUGCGGCGGACCUCUUCAGGCGAGCCCAGGGAGGAGCAGGAAAAGAAAAAGAAGGCCAGGUAGAAAGGAGAACUGCAGACACUGGCGAAAAAGAGGCAGCGCAGACUUCAGCGGACAAAGCGACAAACUUAGAGACUCGGAGAGAGGAGCAGGACUGUAGAGAGAGGCGGGAGGAGGAAAGACGGACUAGUUUACCACAAGCGUCGACAUCAGGUGGGAACCACAGUUUGCCGCCCAGCUCUGAACAAGUGAUGUCUCCCGCCUCGUCCUCCUCCUCUUCCACCUCAUCGCCUUCGUCCCCUUCGACUCCGUCCUCAUCCCAGGAUGUCGGCCCCAGCGAGCCUGGAUAUGUCAAUUACUCAUGCCUGCACUAUCGCCUCCAACAGCCAGGGGCAGCGGAGCAGAAUACAGGAGGUGCAGCAGGUUAUGAAGACGAUAAAGUUCAGCUACCCUUCACAGUCACUGAUCUCAAAGGACGGAACCUGCAGCUGGUCACCGAGCCACACGACGGGCAGAGUGUGUGUGUGGAGCAGUUGACUCUGGACUUUGAGUAUCUUAUCAACGAGGUGAUUAGGAGCGACGCUGCCUGGGCCCCACAGUUCUGCUCCUUCAGUGACUAUGAUGUUGUGAUAUUAGAGGUGUGUCCAGAGACCAACACCGUGAUGAUCAACAUUGGGCUGCUGUUACUGGCCUUUUCCACCUCAGACGAGGAGCACUGCAGGCCGAACACCUACCAUUCCAACCUGCAGGUGAGCUGGGAUCUAAACACAGGUGUGUGUUGCACGGUGGGUGUCGGUGACCUCACAGAAGUAAAGGGUCAGACCAGUGGGAGUGUGUGGAGUUCUUACAGGAAGUCCUGUGUGAACACAGUGAUGAAGUGGCUCGUUCCUGAGAGCAGCUCCCGAUACAUCAAUCGCAUGACCAAUGAAGCUUUACAUAAAGGCUCGUCCCUUCAAGUGCUGGCAGAUAGUGACCGAUGCACCUGGAUUGUAUUGUGAAGAAGGAAGCGCGCCAAAGCUACAGAAACAAAAGUGACACAUACACACACACGUUGACAUGGCCUCAUCUUCAGUAUGGAGCUCGACCUCAACAUGGAUAAAACUGCACGCGUUCAGCGACUGUGCUUUGGUAACAAAUUAAAACCGAACAAAGAUGGCUCUAGAUGUGAUACUGUAAAGAUGAAGAUUUAUAGACGAUCUGUGUUUAAUUUUCUUUUUUCUUUUUUUUUUCUUUUUUUGUUAUGUACUGUAUUAUUGCAAACACCAAAACCAAGAGCUGGACUGGACGGAGAUUUAAUUUUUACAUUUAGUUUUUAUACAUAAGGGCAUACUCAUGUCGUGCAAGUAUUUUUUUUUUUUUUGUGAACUUAUACAAACCUGCACCUGUGUGACGUCCGCAAGGUGAUUUCAUCCCGAGAACCAAGUGCGUGUACGUAUGAGCGUGUGCAUGUUUUUAAUGUAAGUUGACAGAUUCAGCUGCUUCUGAACAAGUCGUUUCCUCACCUAACCUGGACCCGUUCGGUCUAGCUGUGUCAGUUCAUAAGACUGCAGUAUUUAUCAAAGCGAGACGCAGUGAACCCCUGUACCGCAUCACUGCACAUCUUUUUGUACACCCGUCGUCGCAGUAGAAGGUUGUUGGGGGGUCACCUGCUUCGCUGGCAUGGAAGUAAGACUAUGUUCUUUUAGGAUAUUUUGUCAAAAUAAAUGUUCGAAAAAUUUGUUGU